GUAGAUGUAAUUUUGAUCACGGGAUCGAACAAUUGUUAAUACCCUGCCUGUACGUAGCAAUAACUUUGGGAUCAGGUGACUUUAAUUGUUAAUUGUAUUUAAAACCGAUAUUGCUUUAAGGCACCUUGAGGAAAGAAACUAGAAUCCAGUUUACAGUUUGAAAAACCUGACGAUCAGGAUUACCAGUCAACAAAAGCACUUUCGUGACCACGGUAGCCAUAUUGAAACGACACCAUCUUUAACAGGACACCAUCUUCAGAAAGGACAUAAUUUUGAGAUGUUAAACAAUGGAAAAGAGAGGCCUCGGGACGCCGAUAACGACGAAACAAACGUGUUCAAAAAACCUAAGCUAAGCAAAGUUCACAUGUAUACUUACAAUAGACAAGACUCCAACUCAGUAUUUGACGGGAUGUAUAAACGCGACCCAGCAACGAGGAUCUUCGUUAACCGAAGUUUGAGCCUAAAUAACAUCAAGUUUAUAGGAUUCGAUAUGGACUACACUCUUGCUGUUUACAAAUCCCCUGCCUACGAGAUCCUUUCAUUUGAACAUGUCAAAAGAAGGUUAAUGAAUGUUGGGUAUCCUAAAGAGUUGGAAAAUGUUCAAUAUGAUCCUAGUUUUCCUGUUCGUGGAAUGAUGUUUGAUACCGAGCUUGGAAAUUUGCUGAAAGUAGACACGUACGGGAACAUACUACUGUGCGUCCAUGGAUAUCAAUUUUACAACAGUAGAGAAAUCCGCAAAUCUUAUCCUAAUAAAUUCAUCCAAGUUGGAGGAUCUGCAAGUGCCCUUGGCAGAUUUCCAAUCCUAAAUACCUUGUUCAACCUUCCGGAAAUUUAUUUACUCGCUUGUCUAGUUGAUAUUUUUGACAACGACCCGGCCUAUUCAAAGACCCUGACAGGGGUGGAAAGUGGAUCGAUUUUCAUCUCGUACAAGAGUAUUCAUCAGGAUCUGAGAGCUGCUGUUGACUGGGUGCAUCAGUGUGGCAUUUUGAAAGAGGAAACACUCCAAGACCCAAAGAAAUACAUUGCCAAAGAUGAGCGACUGCCAGUACUUCUGCAUCGAAUAAGAGAGCACAACCGAAAAGUGUUCAUUAUCACGAACAGUGACUAUGAGUACACCAACCGUGUGAUGACAUACCUGUUUGACUUCCCUUAUGGCCCUGGAAAAGACACACCCCAUAGGCCAUGGAUUGACUACUUUGAUGUGGUGGUGACUGAUGCCAUGAAGCCUUUGUUUUUUGGAGAGGGAACUGCCCUGAGACAAGUGGACACUACAACUGGCCAGCUUCACAUCGGAAAAUUCACUGGUAGCCAUCAGAAAGGAGGGGUGUAUGCAGGAGGGAACUCUGAAGUAUUUUCAGAACUCAUUGGUGCAGAAGGAAAGGAUAUUAUAUAUGUUGGGGAUCACAUAUUUGGUGACAUAUUGAAAUCCAAAAAGAAGCAAGGCUGGAGAACAUACCUGGUUGUUCCAGAGCUGAUUACUGAAUUGGAUGUCUGGACAAAGAAGCAAGACAAGUUUGACAAAUUGAGGCAGUUAGAAAUUACACUGGCAGAUGUAUACAAAAACCUUGAUUCAAAGACAAUGCUACAACCUGAUAUAAGUGGAGUGACCAAGUCCAUUCGAGAGAUAACACACAGCAUGGAACAGUGCUAUGGCCAACUUGGUAGUCUUUUCCGCAGUGGCAGCAGACAGACGUUCUUUGCAAGCCAAGCAAUGAGAUACGCAGACUUAUACUCUGCAUCCUGUGUCAAUUUGCUUUAUUAUCCCUUUAGCUAUUUGUUUAGAGCACCUCCACAGUUAAUGCCACACGAGUCAACUGUCGAACAUGAAGAGAAGAAAAUGGAAUCUGCUAGAACCAAGUUUGGUCCAAUUGAAAAAGCACGGAGAAACAUGUCAUUUGCUGAAGGUGAUAUUAAGACACCAAUUUUUUCUACUCAUGAUGAAGAUGAUGAGGAUUUUGUUGAUGGAGAAGAUGGAGUUGCUGAUUUCCCAUGAAUUGAAAGGAAACUUAACUAUUGAAAUGUUCAAAUAAUUUGAAUUUAGUUUAUAAACCAUAUUUUAUGCUUUAAAUGAAAUUUUUUGGUUAAGGCCUAUUCAGAUACCAUUAAAUAAUGAUUUAUAUCCGAAAUUCAAGUAACUUUUUUAAAUAUUGUUUUCAGAUAUUGGAUAUACUUAUUGUUUUAUGAAAUACUGUCAGUGAAAAUUAUAGUUAACAGCUAACUAUUUAGAAGCUUGAAGGUGUGAUUUGUUUUUAGCUAGUUGUAUAUAUACUUGGUUUAUACAAGUGUAUUAGAAUAUGUAGCAAAGAUUUAUGUGAGAAGAAAA